CACAAACUGAAUCCUCCACUUCUCCUUCCGCCUAAAAUUUUAGUAGUUGCAGGUGUGCUGUCAUCUUCGAUUAAGCUAGAAGACAUGACGGAUCUAGGCCUGCAUCUCUUACCCUGGGUGGUCGUGCCCGGGUUUGAGGAGGAGAACGUGCGCAUUCGGAUUUUUGGAGCGAAAAUCCCCAAGACCCAGUCGUGGGUCUACGUACCACUGAUAGCCUCUGCGUUAGGGCAGCUCCCGGGCUUCCGUUUCGACAGAAAGGUAUACAUUUAGACUUGUGUGAAAUGGCUGCAAAGAAAGUUUGAAGGUACGAGGGUGUUGAAUGGCCUCAUCCCUUUCAGGACCAGAAGCAGCACGACAUGACAUGCUAUACAACAUGAACGUUUGUUCCAUGGAGGAACAAUAUCGGGUCAAUGCAGCAACAUGAUCCUAUCUUACAGAUAUUCCGACUGUUCCGAAUCCAAUCUUAGUUUUGCUCGAACACCUCGACCUCGACUUAACUCAACACAGCUGCAUACCGGUCAAUUUUCGUUUUCGUCUGAGAAACAGAUUGUAGAUGCUCAGGCAUUUUGGCGUUCUGUUUUCUCGCGAUGGGACAUGUGGGUGAACGAUCUACGUGACGGCAUCUUGCGUAAGUUUGGCAAUGUGGACCAUUGCAACAUCUUUCAUUAAGGGUUUCCGAAUUGCAUUCCUCACUACCAUCCCUAGCGCUUUUCCCAGUAGAAAAGAAGCCAGGGAUGUCCUGAGGAAUUUAAUUCCGUAACCUCUAACUUCAUGUCCGUUCGAUCUCUUGGACUACGACUCUGGUUUUCGGGCAUCCUCGGGAAUUCGGGACUCUGCCGCACCCGAGUGGAAAAUGGCAGGAAGAUCUUAUCGAUAGCUGUUUGGACCACAAGUACCAGUCCGAACUCUUUGCCUCCAUUCUCACCAUUGGACAGUACAAGCCGCAACAGGACCAAUUCGGAAUCGUCCAACAUUUCUCCGACAAGUCCUCUGCGGUUUCGGGAUUAGGCGGCCCGCCGGCAGGAAAAAGUACUAGACCUGGCUGUUCUAUCUUUGUUGUACUAGUUGUCUUCAAAAAUUGAUGAUUGCCGUAUUGAUCAGAUGAUAGUCCUGCCGCUCCAUUGUUACGAUGUAUGAAGGAUACCACAUACAUUGUAACAACAAGGUUGAGUCAACGUUUAGAAGAACGUGAAAUGUUGCGUUUCUGCUCUGUAUCGUUGAAAGACGUAGCUUCGACAUCUUAUAUUAUAAUAAAUCAUUUCAAAAUAUACUGCAGAUGGCAAAUUCUACGGAGGAGGAAAAGGCGCUUUUGGUGGAAAGGAGCAGUAUUACGGUAAGACUAACAAGGGCGGUGGUAAAUUUUUUGGCGGGAAGGAUGCGUACAACCAAGGGGGGAAAGAUGCGUACAAACAUGCUGGUGGGGGAUGCGGUAAAGAUGUUGGUGGCUACGGCGGCAAAGACGGCUAUUAUCAGCCCCCGGGAUGUGCUGGGAAAGAUGGCUACAGCAAUAAUUACUACAAGUACAACAGCAGUAAUCAGGGAAGCGGAAAACAAGACAACUACAACAACAACAACCAUCAGUUGUCUGGAGGAUCCUGUGGCGGCGGGAAGGAAAAUCACAUGAGCUUCCAGCAACACAGCGGGAAAGACGGCUAUAACGCGUGUUCUGGAGGAAAGGAGUCCUGCUACAAUUCACAAAACAAUGCUGUGGUGUAUCCACAGAACAGUGGGGGAGGUGGAAAGUAUGGUCCUCAGCACUCCAUGAGCAAGGGGCAAGGCAGCAAAUUCCCGCAAGCCGCUGCUGCGGGGCAACAGCAACAGCAACAGCAACAGCAUGUCGCGUACAGCAACUCGGCCCAAACCUCCAAUGCAGGAGAUCAUGUUGCUGGUGGUUACAACCUAACUACUUUAUCAAAGGAUGGCGCAAUUGUUAGCAUCGAGCAGCAGGUGCCAAAAGGCAACUACACCUUCCAACCACAGAUGGCCGUGCAAAACUAUAAUAAUCAACAUGCUCCCGCUGUUGGUAUGCCGCAGCACUAUUUUGCGGGAGCAGAGGCAGCCGGUUUGCGGGAGUCGUUACCCCCAAUAACGUACAGUGCUGGCAAUAGUAUUAACAUGGGAAACAAUAACGGUGGCGGCUCGGGCAUUGUGGGUCCGGUGUCGGUUCUAGAGGCUGUGACGGCGCAGCCAGGACCCAACCAGCAUCAGCAAGAGUACCCGCUUUACACUCAACAACAGCAGCAACCGCAGUACAACACUUCUAGCAGCAACAUUGCACAACAAGGCCACAACAAUAACAACAACUCAUCGAACCAACAGGGCAACCAUGCAUCGAAUAAUUCCGAACAUCAUGGUGUGAUUCCGCAGCAGCUUACGAGUCCACUGUGCACAGCGCUUUACGGCCCGACUUCACCGGAGGUAUUGCCUAGUGGCGUUCCGCAGUUUAAUCACAUGCUAAGCAGCAACAAUCCGAACCCGCAUUAUGAACAACAGCUUUUUACUCCGGGAUUUCCGGCGCCGGCGCAUUUGGGGCAGCAGCAGAACACAGGAGAAUCUCUUCAGAACAACACGCAGCAGCACCAGCACAAUGGAGGAGGAGCCCCUGGAGCGGGACUAGUACAGAAUCAACAAUAUCAGUACCAUCAUCCGCAAAACACCAAGGUCCAAGAAUAUCCAACUGCGAACAGUAACAACAACAACAACAACAACAACCACAACAGUAUGGGAGCUCCGAAUUUUCCUCCGCCUCAGCAGCAGCACAACAACCAACAUAACCUCGGUGUCGGUGGACCAGGAGGAUGCAUGGUCGACCCUCAGAUGGCCGCCACGUUCAUCCCGACGCCAGCGUUGGUACCGCACGAACACAACCCGAGUAGCAUGAACAGUGGCGGGAGUUUGAACAGCGGCGGAAGUUUCAACAAUGGUAUGGUAAUGAGUGGCGGGUGUGGUCCGGGCGACCACGGGGGCUUCGUUGGCCACCAAAACCACGGCUUUUUAUCCAUUACCUCAUCGCCUAACCCGACUGAGUCACCGCAACUCAGCUGCAACGGAUACAACAGUCAGCAGAUGCACAGUCCUGCGCUUUUGUUGCCUUCUUCGGUGUCAACUACUGCAAGCUAUCCUUCCGGGCAGAACAUAAUCACCGCAUGCCACCUGCAGCCGCAGCAAUUGCCGCCACAACAAUUGCCUCCAGCGAAUUCCGUGGAGGCAUGUUUCGAACAAUUGCGCCGUGAGGGGGUACUUACAACUCCUUGUGAAAAGCGGAAAACAAGCUCAAGCAUCUUAAUGAUUGAUUGGAAGCACAAUUUAAGCUACACGCUGCCGGAAUUUAUUGGACGGAAAUAGUAGUAGACAAGUGAGUUUCGUUAUUUCGUCGAGUUCUUUGAUAAAGAGGACUCCUAUCUGCACGUCAGGUAUCUAAUUGCGCACGCGUCGUCGACGACAAACUCGGUUACCUGGUCUCCACACCAGGAGUCAUUUAA